CGACUUUCACUUCAUUUCACUUCAUUAUUCCUUUAAGAUGGGCAUCAUUAGUGGGUAUUUUACAUAUGUGGUUUAGUAAUGUGGGUAGGUGUAUUCCAUCAAACCUGCUGAUAUAUCCACAGCAGCAGCAGUAGCAACAACAACAAAAAUAAUAACACAUAUCUCUAUCUCCCCAUCAAACCUGACAUUAUAACUGCAGCAGCAGCGACACCUACCACUAAUAUGAUUACAUCCUUAUGAGUGUGUCAGGCUCUAUUUUAACUGCUUGACUUGGAUUAAUUCUUUUAAUCCUUAUAAAAACUUUUUUUAUGUAGGUAGCAUUACCCCUAUUUUACAAAUCAUGAAAUGAGAUAGGGAGAGGUGAAGAAAUUGCCUAAAUUUACAUAGCUAGAAACUGGCAGAGGUGGACUUUGAAACUAGGCAGUUUGGACUCUGGGUCUGUGUUCUUAACUGAUAAGCCAUGUAUUUAAACUUUUUAGUUUCAGUUAUAGUAAGAAAUAAUUUUGCAUAGUCAUUAAGUGCACACAUAUGUACAUAUCACAUACUAUUGAAAUAAAAGACCCUGAAUUGUUUUUAUUAUGUAUGCUACACUCUGAUAUUUUCUACUAUAUUCUACUCUCCUUGAUUUUGUCCUAACCUGUUUCAUUAAAAUUCUGGUUGCUUCUCUUUGUGGGUCAUGAUGUGAACUCAGAAAAUGCAGUCCCAGAGCCUCUUGCUUCUUAGUGAUUACAACAAAGCACAUCUCACAGUGCUCUGGAGUUUACUGAGUGCAUGCACAUCUCUGUAAUUCUCCAAGGCAGCCCUGGGAAGAAUUUGCUUAAUCCAUUUCCCAGAGGAGUGUACUACCCUGCCCCCCUAGAUCACACAGGGCUAGUCAUGGAAGAGCCCUGGUUCCUACCCAGCCUUUUAGUGUUCAAGGACCAAUCUAACUAUGUUGGAUGGAUGGCACACAACAAUAUGGGUUUGUUCUGACAAUAUGGAUUAGCAUCUUCCAAUGCUAUUGACAAAUUGCUGUAAAGGGAAGGAUGUUGCAGGGUUGUUAGAACAUGGAAAGCAAUAUAGGCUCAGGGGAGUGAUGGCAGGGGGCUGGAUGCUCCCCCUUGUAUGGCUCUAUCUGGAAGAUUCUCCUGUAUUCUGAGCCAAAAGCUGUAAAGACUUAUAAUAGCCAUGUCUACCCCAGUCCUUCUGGGCCCUGGAGAAAUCAUGGAGCCUGGAGGUGAAAUCUAGACAGGUUAUUGUUGCCUGGGGCCUUGUUGGGAAUGGCUGGGCAUUCUGGAGACCACUGAGCCAAGGUGUGCUCCCUUAGGCCUCAUGGAAGGCUCUGUGGGAGGGCGUGCCUCCUUUCAGCGUAGGCUGAAAAAUAAGGUCUAAGAAGUGGAUUUGUCACUGUGCAAGUGGAGGUAGGUGUGUGUGUGUAUGAGCACGUGUGAGUAUCUGUGAGAUUGUUGAUGGGAAGUCCAGCAUGUGAGUUCGCAGUAUGUAUGUUUGUGUCUGUGAGAGAGAGAGACAGAGACAGAGAGAGAGAGUCGAGAUACAGAGAGUUGGCUGAUGGGUGCAGGUGAGGAAUUUGGGAGUAGGUGUGUGAGGCUUUGGUGCUGUAAAAACAGCCAUCCCUGUAAGGGAAAUCACGAAGCGAUCUUAAGUUCCCCAUCUGUUGAUCUUAACGCUCUCCCAGUGUUGCAGUGCCGAUGUGAUCAGCACCACGGACAGCGGCAUGAGCACAUCAAAUGGGUGGUACGCAAAAGCCGCAGCCCCGCCUUCCCCCGCACUCCUUUCCAACGUGAGUCACCGCUCCCCUAUCCUCAAAAACCUUUCGCCAAGUGUGUAUGAGGAGGUUGGGGUGGGGUGAGGAGAGGUGAGCUGGCCCUUUGAGGACAAAAAUUGUGCAGUUUAGGGUAAAAGGCCAUAAACAUCUGGCCGCAUCUGGCACGCAAUUAAGCACAUUAAGGAAAGAGCAACAGCAGCUAAACAACCCAAGCCCAUAAACAUGUCUAAUUGCUCCUAACACGUGGAUACAUCAGGCUCCUCACAUAUAUAAAAGGCCCAAUGAUGUUCAAGAAGUGAACACCUCGUCCACUAGCCCUCCAUUAGGACAUCUGCCUCCUGAGAGCCUCCCGUGCCCCAAAGAAGCACCAUGACUUGUGGAUCUUACCGUCCUCUCCCAGCAUUCAGCUGUGUCUCCGCCUGCGGACCUCGGCCCGGCCGCUGCUGCAUCACGGCCGCCCCCUACCGCGGCAUCUCCUGCUACCGCGGCCUCACUGGGGGCUUUGGCAGCCGCAGUGUCUGUGGGGGCUUCCGUACUGGCUCCUUUGGCCGCAGCUUCGGGUACCGCUCCGGCGGCGUGGGCGGCCUCAGCCCUCCCUGCAUCACCACCGUGUCCGUCAAUGAGAGCCUCCUCACGCCCCUCAACCUGGAGAUCGACCCUAAUGCGCAGUGCGUGAAGCAAGAGGAGAAGGAGCAGAUCAAGUGUCUCAACAACAGGUUUGCUGCCUUCAUCGACAAGGUGAGUUUUCUGGAGCAGCAGAACAAGCUGCUGGAGACCAAGCUGCAGUUCUACCAGAACCGCCAGUGCUGCGAGAGCAACCUCGAGCCCCUGUUCAAUGGCUACAUCGAGACGCUGAGGCGGGAGGCCGAGUGCGCAGAGGCCGACAGCGGGAGGCUGUCGUCAGAGCUCAACAGCCUGCAGGAGGUGCUGGAGGGCUACAAGAAGAGGUACGAGGAGGAAGUUGCUCUGAGAGCAACAGCCGAGAAUGAGUUUGUGGCUCUGAAGAAGGAUGUGGACUGUGCCUACCUCCGCAAAUCAGACCUUGAGGCCAAUGUGGAGGCCCUGAUUCAGGAGACUGACUUCCUUCGGCGACUAUAUGAGGAGGAGAUCAGAGUUCUCCAAGCCCACAUCUCAGACACCUCGGUCAUCGUCAAGAUGGACAACAGCCGGGACCUGAACAUGGACAACAUUGUGGCUGAGAUCAAGGCUCACUAUGAUGACAUUGCCAGCCGCAGCCGGGCCGAGGCUGAGAGCUGGUACCGCAGCAAGUGUGAGGAGAUCAAGGCUACGGUGAUCCGACAUGGGGAGACCCUGCGCCGCACCAAGGAGGAGAUCAAUGAGCUGAACCGUGUGAUCCAGAGGCUGACGGCUGAGGUCGAGAAUGCCAAGUGCCAGAACUCCAAGCUGGAGGCUGCAGUGACCCAGGCAGAGCAGCAGGGCGAGGCAGCCCUCACUGAUGCCAAGUGCAAGCUGGCUGGGCUGGAGGAGGCCCUGCAGAAGGCCAAGCAGGACAUGGCCUGCCUGCUCAAGGAGUACCAGGAGGUGAUGAACUCCAAGCUGGGCCUGGACAUUGAGAUCGCCACCUACAGGCGCCUGCUGGAGGGCGAGGAGCAGAGGUUGUGCGAGGGCGUCGGGGCUGUGAAUGUCUGCGUCAGCAGCUCCCGCGGUGGCGUCGUCUGUGGCGAUCUCUGCGCCUCCGGUGCUGCCCCUGCUGUCAACACCAGCGUCUGCAGCGCCCCCUGCAGCGGCAACGUGGUGGUGGGCACCUCCGACGCCUGCGGCCCCUGCUCUAGGGUGGGCGGCAGCAUCCUGGGCUGUAAGAAGUGCUAAGGUCGCCUUCGGGCCCAGCCAGGACCUCGUGCCAUCGAAACGCCCCUUCCGUUGCAUCCCCCGCCCCCGGGCCGCUCGCUGGCCAGAACCGUCUGCCCUCCCCACUCCUUCUCUGCUCCCUCUGCGUGCCAUCCGCCAGGCACCUGAGCCCCGGGGAGGCUGGGGCGCACCCUGACCUCUUUCUGUAGCAUUUCCUAGUAGUCGUUUUGCUGUCUUGAGGAUUCAUGCCUUCUUCUGCCUUCUGUGUUUUGCUGGAUUCAUUGGUCCUGCCUGAUCCCCUUCACCGAAUCUUGGAGGAAAGCGGGACAGGCCCUGGAAUCUCCCGAUCUGCACAACCUGGGGAAUCUGCGAGUGUGCUGGUACCUGUAGCAUGGACAUGGGGAACGCUGAUGGUGGUUUUCCUGUAACUCUUUGAGGGCCGUGCCCUGUGGGAGGGGAGGCCAUCACCUUUCAAGGAUGCCCGCAGAGGCUUCUACAAAGCCAAUGAGUCAACUGCCUGCAAGCUCUUGUCUUUGUUUCACUCUUUGUUUCCAAUAAACUAAUUGUGGCUAAUCAGA